AUGGUGUUUAAGAAAUUACUACUCAUUACUGCUAAGGUGAAAAGAGAGAGACCAAGACCUCCACAAGGUAUUGCCUCUGCUACAAAGAUGAUUAAAGCAUUUAAAGUUCAAUGCGUUAAUGAACAAAAGAAAUUUCCUCAUGGAAUUGUCUUGUCCCAGAAAUAUCAAUGCUCGUGCAUUUUAAGGAAAGCUUCCAUAGAGCUCUUAAAGGUUUCAUAUCAGUACAAAUGGGACCGUAAAAUUGAUAUCACGAUUAGUCAGGUACGGGGUGUUAAACAUGACCUAAGGAAGCUUGGUAAAACCUUGGAGUCAAUACAAGCUUUAAUUUCUGAUGCGGAAGAGAAACAAUUAACUGAUGCUACCGUCAGACUCUGGCUGAGAAGGCUCAAAGACGUUGUUUACAAUGCUGAUGAUGUUAUGGAUGAAUUCUGUUAUGAAACCAUGCGCCUUUGCGAAAGAAGAAGUCAGAUCAAGCACAAGGUACCUGACUUUAUUAGUAAAUCCUCUGAUAUGCUUGUGUUUGACUUUAAGAUGACUGGUAAAAUCCGAGCCUUAAGAAAAAACUUAGAUGAAAUUUACUAUGAUCAAGUCAGAUAUACGUUGAAUGUUAUUGGUGGUACUUCUCAAGUCGAUCAAAUUAGAGAGCAACGCAACCGUCUAACCACAUCAGUUAUAGAUGAUUCUGUACUUAUAGGUAGGGAGGAUGCAACGUUGGACAUAGUAAGGAUGCUGACCGAUAGAACACUACCUUCAAUAUCACCAUCAUCUUCAUCAUCAUCAUACCAUUCUUCCCAGCAAGAGAAACUUUCGGUUGUGUCCAUUGUCGGUAUGGGGGGUCUUGGUAAGACUUCGUUAGCUCAGUUGGUAUACCAAGACAAGUCUUGA